GGAAUAUAUAAUUCGUAUUUUUUUAUCGUCUCUCUCUCGAGCGUUAAAGACGUGUCCAGGGUUUCCGGAAGAGAAUUUUUUUCGUCAGCUGAUUCAGAGAGAAUGACAAGUACUAAGACGGAUUGCGAGUUUCUCGCGUCUCGAGAGCUGAGGCUACUUAUGCAUGCCAUUUUGAAUUCGUUUCUCGAGCCUUAAGCUCCAUGGUCGACCUCGCGGCCUUCAUUCGAUAAUAAAGUCUCGCGUUGUACCUAAAAGGUUCGCUUAUCCGUGCAGAAUCACAAUGGUCGUUUUCCUCGGAAUUAAACUGGAUGUAAAAUACAUGGGAGGUACAUUUACUGUUUAUUAACGUAUAGAUAUACAGUACACUACUUUUCGUUCUUAACCUGGGAAUGGUCGCGCAAUUUUCUUGGCUAUUUGAAAAUAAAUAUUGAGUUGGGGUGUCUCAGACACCCCAGGCAUUUACUUUCGGGUUAAAUAAAUUUUCGUAGGAAUAAUUUAUAUGAAACUCAUUGAGAUAAUUACGUUGAUUUUACGAAUAUCAGAUCUUCGUUUCUUUCACGUCGAAUUGUAUUUUACUCGUUCAUAAUUUAAGACAAGUGACAGUCCGCCAUUCGUGGCGACAUCUUUUUCUUGUUUUGACGUGUAAAUUAAUUUCGGGUGAAUCGUUUUCGAAAGGGAUGCGGUAAAAGGAGUGAAAAUUAUGUUCGUUGGGGUUGUUUGGUGUAUAUAUUUAUUGGAACGAUAAAAAGAAUGCCGAACAGUAAAAGAAGCGCGAGCAAUAAAUCCAGUCGAGGAAAAACACAAUCUUCUCACCCAAAACAACCGUCACAGCCACCCCCGUCGCCUCCGUCACAACGAGGUUUCAGUAGUUUCGCUCCUAAUAGAGCUCCCACCUCAAAACAAUCGCCGCAAACAAGAAAUAUUGAUCCAAACACCGCGAAAGCAGAAAACACACAGGAUUCUCUAAAGAACAUAGCAAGUACAGCUACAGGAGUCGCGACUGGAACUAUAUUAGGUCAAAUGAUUGGCAACGUGUUAUCCAAUGCGCUGGGACGUGGGCAGAGUGAAUUGGUAGAGGCAAAGUCCACAUCAUCUUCCGGAACUACUGAGAUGGAUGAAUGUUCCUCAGAAAUUCGAGAUUUUUUUGAAUGUGCUUCACGCAAUGAAAGUCUCGAAAGGUGUAAGAAAUUCCACGAGGUCUGGCUGCAGUGCCAGAAACGCGCUAGCACGUGAUCCAUUGUGUAAACAGGUGACGUCACUCAGUCAUCAAAGGAAAGCAUAAACAAAAAUAUAUACGGGACGCGCAUCACGACGAAACCAGCUACUGUUGCUACAGCAAUCCCCAGACCAGCUUUCCACCAGACAACGGAAUCGCCUUGUAUCAGCCCAAAUUGCUUCAUAUGUCUGAAACAGGAAUGAACUAUUAUUAUAU